UCCGUUCAGCCAAAAGGCCGGGACAUGCGAACGCGGUAAUCCACCGGCUUGGUGCGUUCGCCACGCCACACCCCGAUUUGCCGGUAGACUAGUGACAAGACAGGUGGCAUAGCCGAGGACGAGCCAAUUGAAGAAGCAAGGGAGAAGACCGGUGCAAGGCUGGUGAAAGUCUAGCCGUCCGCUUUCUGGAUCAGCGCCUUCUGCGCUUGGCGUGUCACCGUGACGACCGCGUGGAAUUCCAAGUUAUUUUUCUGCUUUUAUGGACCAGCCCAGUCGAUGGUCGAACUCCGGUGACCCGUCCAUUGCUGAAAUGCGACUGGCUUCAGCCAACUCGACGGUGACAAGACUCGUCUUGCCUCAACACAAGCUGUUCUUGGAAGUUUUAAUCGUGCUGAUGUGUCUGGGUGCAGUGACAGGCAACAUCCUGGUGAUCCUUAUUGUUGCGGCAACGAAGACGUUUCAUUCUGUGACGUCGGUGCUGGUCAUCAACCUGGCCAUCAGCGAUCUGCUCGUGGGCAUUGGGGUCAUGCCCUUCCUGGCCGUGUCGGUCGUCAACGACGCGUGGGUCAACUGCACUGACCUGUGUCUGUACGUGGGCUACACCUCCUCGGUGUACUGCACGGCGUCGGUGCUGACGCUAGCCGCCAUCGCCCUGGACCGCCACCAGUCGAUCAUGGACUGCCUGCGCUACGGCUCCCGCUGCACGGCCUGGCGUAAGGGCGUGACGGUGCUGUGGAUCUGGCUGCAGGCCGCCGUCACCUGCAGCCCCCCGCUGCUGGGCUGGAGCCGGGUGGAGUACGUGGGCCCCAUGUACAUCUGCACGGUCAGGUGGUCCAGCAGCCCCAGCUACACCGCCUUCGUGUUCACCCUGUCCUUCCUGCUGCCCGGCGCCGUGCUGCUCUUCUGCUACGCGCGCAUCGUGAAGGUGGCCCGGGGUCACGCCCGGCGGAUCCACGACCUGGAGGACCGCCUGCAGCGCAGCAGGGGCCCCCCGGCCGGGGCCGGCCCGCCGGGCCCCCCCCAGGCCGACCCCAGCUGGGAUAGGCCCACCUCGUCCCGGCCGGUCUACUACCUGAGCGGCCGGAUUGUUCCGGAAGCCCGUCUGGACCGGAGCCGCCCGUGUCCGGUUCCCCCCGACCGGCCGUGCGGCGCGGCGGGUACGGCUGACCCCGGUGAGGCCGGCGGGCGUCUGCACCUCCACGCCGGCGCGCCUCCUCAACCCCCCCCCCACCACCAGCAGCAUCGGGGCACGGUGCGCCUGCUGAUGGUCAUCUGCGCCUUCUUCCUGUGCUGGACGCCGUUCAUGGGCGUGAUGCUGGUGCAGGCCGUGGAGACCGCCCUGUCCCGGCCCUCCAGCGCCGUCCCGUCCGCCCUCGUCACCUUCUCCUACUGGCUGCUGCUGCUCAACUCCGACAUCAACCCGCUGCUCUACGCCCUGCUCAGCCAGCGCUUCCAGGGGGCGCUCAAGAGCCUGCACCGCCGGCUGGGGUCCGCCGUGGGCCGGGCGCGGGACGGGGGCAGCGAGGGGGAGCGCGAAACCCACCAGCCCUGCUCCGUCACCAACGGUCACCGCCCGCCGUCAAGCUCCAACAACGCCCCCCGAGAACGGACUAGCAACCGCACCUCUCUCUCCUCCCCGGACUCAAAUACGAACAGCUUCUACCUUCCCGGGAGUGCCUCUUCCUCCUGCUCUUCCUCCUGCCUUGUGUGGCAAAGCGGUGGCAAGGACAGGAAAGUGGACUGCCUUCAGGUCCCCUCCAAGCCACAAGAGGGCGACAGACUCCCUUUCUCAGCUGCUACCAAGAAGAGACAAGCAACUUUCUUUUUCGGCCAGAUUACCGUGAGGGUGGAACAUGCCGUGGACUGAAAAAAUUCAGGAUAUUUAUGGACACAAGACUGGGAUAUUAUUAUUAUUAUUAUUCAUGUCCUGUUUAUGGUCUGUUUUGUUUGCGUUCUCUUUGUUUUUAGAUAAGCAAUAACCAUAAAGCAUCUCUAUUUCAGUCAUGAACUGCCCAGAAGAGUUGGUAUUAAGUACCAUUACUUCACUGAAAGUACCUAAAACUUGUAUGGUUUAUAUGCAGUGCAGUGUACACGUUCACAGUAGUUUGGCCUGUCAUGUUUAGGCCCGGUGGGUCAUGAGUUUUAGCGUUUUCAUGUUACGGUGCAUUCUAAAGCGUCAGUCUUUCUGUGCGGCGAUGUGCCCGCGGUCUGGCCUCACGCCUGUCCCACUGCGAUUGGCGACGGGACUUGGUCACAGGGUGAGUCAUCGCCCAGAGAGGUUGGGUGUUUAUUUUCAGUUUCCCGUGCGUCUUCACGGAGGAAAGACUCCCGUUCCUGAUGCUGCUGCUUUCACUGCGCUUGUUCGGCUGUGAAACUGCUGGGGGAGAGGGAGCGCUACAGCAGAGGAUGUGCCCGUUUGUGGGCCGCUGUCCUCAACUGACCCGGGAUGACGCAGCAUUAGGAGGGACCUACAGAUGUGAGCGUUACAAAGCACCAAAGGUUCUGACCGUCACCGAUGUGCCCCUUGUUUUAGAAGAGGAUUAUUUGCGCU